CACAUGUGUUUUGUUUGUGUUUAUCUCUAGGAGAAAGCCAUGGGCAACAGACCCAGUGAAAUGAUGGACAGAGAGAAAGCCUACAUUCCAGAGCUUCAGAUUAGCUUCAUGGAGCACAUUGCCAUGCCCAUCUACAAGCUGCUUCAAGAACUUUUCCCGAAAGCGGCAGAGCUUUAUGAGAGAGUUUCAGCCAAUCGGGAACAUUGGACCAAGGUCUCUCACAAAUUUACAAUCCGAGGGUUGCCUAGCAACAACUCCCUUGAUUUCCUGGAUGAGGAGUAUGAACAGCUACAAGAGCAGGCAGAAGAAAGUCUGAAGAUGAAUGGUUGCUUAGAAACAAAAGGAACCAUGGAAAUCAUUGAACAAUAAGGUGUUUAAACAAAUAUAAAACAUUACUUCUGGAGUUCAAGUAACUACAUUUUAUAGAAGAAACCACAUUUUUUAGUGACACCUCAUUCCUCAUGGAAGCGAGUGGGUAACAACCUGGAACAUCUGAAUGCGGGAACCUUUAAGAACACAACAAAGCAAAGACUUCUUCUCAAAUCAGCUGCUAUAUUUUGAGCAUUUUGUUUUAGUUAUUUGGCAAUUGUUUUAAAAGUCAGAAAUUGGAGAAAGCUUUUGUUACUUCUUUAAAAAUCUUUUUUUUUUUGGUAGUUAUACCAAGCAGCCACUGAUACAGCUAAAGUAUCAGACCGUGUUUUCCAGUAAUAGCAGUGGCUGCUUGUCACAGGAUUCUCCCUCUCUUAUUCUAUAUUACUGUAUUGUGUGUAUUAAACUGGCUUUGGAUAGAACACUCUGCCUGAUCUGAAGGGAUUAUUGAGGGCCCCUUCAAAGCAUAGUGGAUACAUUAGCCAGUAUGCAGACUGUGAAAUAUGGUCAGUACUGCUGGGUUCAGUAAUGUUUGUCAAUCUCUACAUUUUUUGUAUCGUUAUGUUAUUAUUAAUAUUAUUAUUUUUUGUGAAACCAUUAAAAAGACAAGAUUAUUAACCAUAUAUCCUACAUUGAUGCACAUUGGGCAUUUGUAGUCAAUAAGAGAUGUGGUGUGGAUGGGGACUGACUACAGUUUGUUUUUCACAUAUAUUUGUCAAGGUGUGAACUAUUACACUUUUAAAAUAACCCUUUAAAAUACACUACAAGUAUGUGUGUUAUUACUGUAGUGUACCACUGCACACCAUUUUACAAAGUGGAUAUUUUACAUGGUUGAAUAAAAACCUGUGGCAUAUGUAAGUGACCAAGAAUGUAUGGACUACAAAAGAACUUUUAUGUGUUGAUGUCUGUAAAUAUUUUAUCAGCAGGUGUAAAUAAGGGCUGUUACUCUUAAGGCAUUGUGGCUAAUUGGAACACAGACAUAAUGUGUAUAUUAUUGAUUUGCCUUACCUUUUCUGCGUUGCCUUUUGAGAAAAAAAAUAUAUGAUUAUCAUUAUUAUUAAUAAUGAUAAUACCCAUGUUCCAUUGAAAAGUGUGUUGCUACUGUACUGUACAUACUGGUUCUGACUCCUUAAGCCUCCACUGAUCCAUAUUGCUGAGUGAUACUUCCUCUUUGGGCAGUGCAGGAAAAUUUCUGUUUUUUUAACCACUGGACUGUGUAUUCAUCCAUUUCUUGCAGUGCAUGAACAUUUA